AUGGCAGGGCUUUCAUUCUCUGACCAGCUGAAGGCGCGGAUGGAUGUGGCUGAAUGGCCACACGUUUGCCCCCGCCAGAUCUACCUGUUGAUCCCGGUGGUCUUCUUGCUCGCCGUCUUCGUCUAUCGUGCAGUCUUUCACCCACUUGCCAGAAUCCCGGGACCAACCCUGGCCGCCGUGACUGGGAACUGGAGAAACUACCACUAUUUCGCCGGCACAUGGCACAAGGACAUUCUCGACCUUCACCGACGCUACGGGCGUGUAGUGCGCAUUGCUCCCAACGAAGUGUCGGUAGUGGACGCCGCCGCCCUGAAGCAGCUGUACGGCCACGGCACCAGCGCGAUCAAGACUUCCUGGUACGAUGUCUGGACCAUCCCCGGGGCCGGACCUGCGUUCUUUGCCGUGACCAACCCCCAUUUACACGGCAAGCUUCGCAAGAGAGUCAGCGCUGCGUACUCGAUGUCGGCUAUCUUGCGAUACGAGCAGUACAUUCAGUCCUGCUUGGACCUAUGCAUGUGGAAGUUCAAGACUUUUGCCGACGAGGGCCGAGUUGAGGACCUGGCCGAGUGGCUUACCGCUCUAGCCUUCGACAUCGUGGGGGAAAUCGCCUAUGGGAAGAAAUUCGGCCAUCUGAAGACCGGUAAGGACGUCUUCAACAUGCGUGGCUCCAUCGCGAAGGCCUUUUACUUGAUGGCCAACAGCGGCCACUUCUGGGGUCAACUGUUUCCCAUCAACAAUUCCCUGAUUCAAAGCAUGGCCACCAUGCUGGGGGGCAAAAAUCCAUUGGUGGAGAUGCAGAGGUAUGCCGAAGGUCGAGUCAACGCCCGCAAGCAGGGCAAAGACGAGGUCGGUCGCGAAGACAUGCUGGCUCAUUUUGUGAGGAUGAAGUCGUUGGAUGGAACAGGUCUCGCCGACCAGGGAGAGGUCCUGGUGGAAGCCAUGAACAUCAUUGGAGCGGGUGCCGAUACCACGUCCGUCGGCAUGUCUGCUUGCCUGUACUACCUCGGGAUGCAUCCCGACGCCUACAACCGCCUUCAGGCAGACGUCAACAAGUUCUACGAGUCCGAAAACUUAAGCGCCCCGAUCACCUACCAUCAAACCCAGCAGAUCCCCUUUCUGAAGGCGGUGGUGAUGGAGUCGCUGAGGCUCUUCCCAUCCAUUAUGUAUCAGCUCCUGCGCAUCUCGCCCGGGAUCGUCAUCGACAAGAAAUACAUUCCUGCCGGCUACGACAUUGGGAUUAGUCCGAUGGCUCAGAACAGGGACCAGGCCGUGUACGGGCCGGAUGCCAACGAAUUUCGGCCAGAGCGGUGGUUACAAUCGGACGAGAUUGUCGCCACAUAUGAGAGAUACAACAUGACCUUCGGUGGAAAUGGCCCUCGGACGUGUGUGGGCAAAAACAUUGCACUGGUCGAAAUUCACAAGCUCGUUGCGCAGCUCCUCUACAACUUCGACUUUGAGUUGGUGGAUAAGGAGCAUCCCUGGCAUGUCUUCACCUUUUGGUUUGCCCACACGUCGAAAAUGAACGUCCGCUUGAGCGUGCGCCCUGGAAGGAAGAUAGAACAGCCCUCUGAUUAA